AUGAAAAUGAAAAUUGAGGAUCAAGAAAAAGAAGCGCAGAAAUUGCGGAAUUUCGCAUUUUUUGGAAUCACAUUCUCUUUCGCCGCCAUUUUUACCUGUUUGAUUUGUAUUCCUUUUGGUUAUAAUAAAAUUCAACGAAUUCAAAGUGGAUUGUUGGAAAAUACGAAUUUUUGUAAGAUGCAGUCAACUAUGUUUUGGAAAGAAUUGCGGAAAACUGAGGUGAGUUUGUACAUAGAAGCCUUCUGAAGCCUUCUGAAGCUUUCUGAAGGCUUCUAAGGGCUUCUGAAGCUUUUUGAAGGCUUCUAAGGCCUUCUGAAGCCUUCUGAAGCCUUCUGAAACCUUCUGAAGCUUUUUGAAGGCUUCUAAGGGCUUCUUAAGUCUUCUCAAGCUUUCUGAAGCUAUUUGAAAUCUUCCGAACCUUUCUGAAGCCUUCUGAAGCUUUCUGAAGCCUUCUCAAAUCUUCUCAAGCUUUCUGAAAAAAUAGGCCCUGUAACUUAUCUGAAAUUUUUAUGAAUUCCAGAAUUGUUUGAUACAGUGACGUCACUAUUUUUUAUCGAAAAAAUCCAAGAUUUUUUGAAAUUAUGUUCUGGUUAAGAAAAUAGUUCGUUCAGAAAAUUUUUUCUUGAGGUCUGUAAUUUAUCUGAAAAUAAUUUUCAUCCGAAGAUCUAUGUUCCAUUAAUUCAGGAUACAGUAACCCAUGUUCCUUUAAGAUCCAAUUUUUCCAGUCUCUCCAAAACCACCAUUCUCGAACAGCAAGAAAAGCCGAAAAACGACACUAUUCUCAAUAUGAGCAACAUGCUUCAGCCUACUACAGUAAUCCAUAUCCACCACCAGAAACUGCCGGAUGGUCUUCUGAAUACAACACGCCGGCUCCUGUCAUCACACCAACCUAUUAUGCGCCAACUUCUUCUGGAUGUUGUGGGUGUGGACAAUCGCCUCAAGGCCCACCUGGUCAUCCUGGGCCUGACGGGCCUCCUGGAUAUGAUGGGGAACCUGGGAUGCCUGGGAGAGAUGGACCCGAUGCACCAAAACCUACACCUUCUCCUAAUUUUGUGGGUUUUUCUGAAAAUUUGUUAAUUUUGCCUUACAGUAAUUGAAAAAAAUCAAUAUUUUUCCAGGAUUGGUGUUUCGAAUGUCCACCAGCCGAAUCAGGUCGGCCCGGUUUACCAGGCCGAAAAGGAUCACCCGGUCAACCAGGCACCAACGGCUUCCCAGGAGAUAAAGGAACUCCAGGCCAACCUGGAUCAAUGGGACUAAUGGGGCCACCAGGCCCCACAGGAUCACCAGGUCUUUCAGGAGCUCCAGGGCUCCCCGGAAAAAUCACCGAUGCUGGAGGUGUUGAAGGCCCUCCAGGACCUCCGGGUCAACCAGGCCCACCAGGCCUACCCGGAAAGCCCGGGCUUUCUGGAUUCCCAGGCAAGGAUGGUGAGAAUGGCGAGCCUGGAAAUGAUGGCAUUCCGGGCUCGCCGGGGAAAAUGGGAAUUCGCGGAUUCCCUGGACCUGAUGGACAUCUUGGAGCUCCAGGUGAGAAGAUCUGAAAUUUUCAAAUAUUUAUUGAUUUUUUUUGCAGGUGGCUGUGAUCAUUGUCCACCUCCAAGAACUGCGCCAGGUUAUUGA